AGCAGGUUACCUCACUGUUUCGAUGCUGAUUCCUAAAUAAGUAGUUUACUUUAGAAAUGAGAAGUAAGCAGGCUUGUUUUUCUUGUUCUGGCUUGGUGUGACCAGCUUAUAUUCUCCUUACAAAAGCCCUUUACUUUGAUGCUCCUACAUAGGAAAGAACUGUGCGAGUAACACCAUUACUGACCUUCACAGCCAUGUCUGCACCAGGCUAUCCAGGCCCACAAAUAGGGUACCCAACUGCUCAGACAGGGGGACAGCAAUUGCCUCUUUACCCCACAGUACAACAACCUGGGCAACCUGCAGGUUACUAUAAUCAGCCUUCAUAUCCUAAUCCACAUUAUUCACAGGGUCAGAGGCCACAGGAUGUACAAGGAGCUGUAGUGGCAAAUGGGCCAGUUCCAGUUGGAGUGCCACCAGGACUUGAAUACUUAACACAGAUCGAUCAGAUUUUAAUUCAUCAGAAAGUUGAAUUAAUUGAAGCUUUCAUUGGGUUUGAAACCAACAAUAAGUAUGUAAUAAAGAACAGCAUGGGGCAGAAGAUCUUUUCUGCCAAAGAGAAAAAUGACUGUUGUACCAGGAAUUGCUGUGGUUCACUUCGCUCCUUUCACAUAAAAAUCAAAGACAAUUCUGACAGAGAGGUCAUUCACCUAGUCCGUCCUUACAGAUGUGCCUGCUGCUGGUGUCCUUGCUGUCUCCAAAAGUUGGAGGUACAAUCCCCACCAGGGACCGUGAUUGGAUAUGUUAUACAGAACUGGCACCCUUGCAAACCCAAAUUCUCGGUUCAGAAUGCCUCAAAAGACACUGUGCUGAAGAUAACUGGACCAUGUCUUUCCUGUAAUUGCUGUAGUGAUGUAAUCUUCAAGGUAACAGAUGCAGAGGAGUCCAAAACUGUAGGGCAGAUCAGGAAACAAUGGAGUGGUCUGCUGAAGGAAGCCUUCACAGAUGCAGAUAACUUUGGCAUUCAGUUCCCAAUGGACCUAGAUGUGAAGAUUAAGGCAGUCUUGAUGGGAGCCUGCUUUCUUAUUGAUUUUAUGUUUUUUGAGAAAGUUGGAGAUGAGAAGCAAAGAAACACAGUUUUCUCCUAAACAGGAUCCAGAAUGGCUCAAAUUAACUAGAUCUUUCUCGUCACCUGCGUGGUUUUCUGCUCUGUGGAUACUAAACUUACUUUCCAGUGACCCUUCAGUAUAUAUGGUUACUCUCAGACAUUGCCUUAGUUGACACAAAAGGCAGAAAUAAAGAGUAGGGACAGCAGAGUGAAAGAAUACAUCAUCAACGUGUGGAUACCUGUCCCGUACCUGAUGGAAAGUCUUCAAUACAAGGACAAGGACAUUGGAUUAAGCUGACAUCAUUUGAUUGCUGUGGCCUUUGUGUUUACUGAAAAGUGGGCUUCCUGAAUAUUGCCAGUACAGGGGUUGCAUAUGAAAUAAGAAAAGUAUAUUCAGUUGCUGAAAAAGCCUAGAGCUGAUGAAACAAUUCUGAAAGUGAGGGGAAAAUGUGAAACAAGAAUAGAUGCAACAGACCCAUUGCAUUAACAUGCAUGUUUGUAAAACUGGACAGUUAAUUAAAUAAGGUUCAUUAAGUCACAUAAAAAAGCCUACUAUAGUGGGCUUUCAACUUAGAAUUCUAUGUUUUGAAAUAAUGGAGUAAUACUUUUAAUUUGAAUUAAAUUCUUGACACACA